CGUUUUCAAGCUCACCCCAAGAGUGAAACUUUUACCGCAUGUUGAGCAAGUAAAAGGUUUCUCACUCGUGUGCGUUCUUCUGUGUCGAACAAAUGCCGAUUGAUGAGAAAAACUUUUGCUGCAGACUGAGCAGGCGUAAGGUUUUUCUCCAGUGUGUAUUCCUGUGUGCGUUGUCAUGUGUCCUUUUAUCGAAAAUCUUUUACCGCAGAACGUGCAACUGAACGGUUUCUCUCCGUUGUGGAUCAUCAUGUGCCCUUUCAAAAUCUAUUUGUUUCCAAACGUUUUGCCACACAGAGCAUUUCCAGUGUGUUUUGCCCACGUGACACGUGACAUCACCAUCAUCGGUCUCAGGGGAGUGGGGUGUUGUGUCGUCACCGUCUGAUCGUGGAGCCAAGAUUUCUGUUUGGGACCAUCCACAGCAAUCUUUGGUACCUUCCGAUGUCACGUGACUUAAGUUGCACGCCUGAGGCUCCGUGCCUGUUUUCUCCUCACCCCGACCUUUGUCGGCAUCGUCUUCAUUCUUCACAACGACGACAGUCAAUGGAAACUUUGUGAUAUCGGCCGCCUCCUCAUCCUUUAUGGGGCACCACUCCUGACGAUCUCCCUCACUGACGUCUGCGCCGGAACACAAGUCGAGGUACACAAACAAUGGAGGACGUUGGAGAAGGGAGAGCUACAAAAAGUGAAGAUGAUGUUCUUCCUGACCAGCAGGCGCUGUGUUCCCGGGAAGAGCCGGAGGACAGAGAGCCCACUUGCAUUAAAGAGGAAGAGGAGGAGGCCGCCAUCGCAAAGUUCCCAUUGACCAUCGUCCACAUGAAGAGCGAAGACGAAGACAAGCCGCACUCUUUGCAGUGUAAGCACAUUGGUAGCGAAAAGAAAGGCGGUAGCUUAUCUCCGCGGUCAGACAGCGACGACACAUCGUCGCACUGUGCUGAUGGCGAGGAGUUGAAAGGUGAUGCCCGGUGUCAGACCAACAGUGGACACCUGAAAUGCACAGAUUGCAAUAAAACUUUUUGUGACAACUCCACGCUGAAAAGACACCGAAGAUGUCACACGGGAGAAAAACCCUUUGCCUGCUCACUUUGUGACAAAAGAUUCUCUCAGAGGGCAAGUUUGGUGGCUCACACAAGAACGCACACGGGAGAAAGACCGUAUACGUGCUCCCUCUGCACCAAAAGUUUCCGCGACAAUUCCGCACUAGCCACGCACAUGAGAACACACACUGGGGAGAAACCGUUCACCUGCCCUUUUUGUGACAAAAGAUUUGCUCACAAGGGCCACUUGAUAUCGCACACGAGGACACACACCGGGGAAAAGCCUUUCACCUGCUCGGUCUGCAACACGAGUUUUAGGGUGCACUCGGUCAUGAUGAUCCACAUGCGAACGCACACCGGGGAAAAACCUUUCGCCUGCUCAGUUUGUGGAAAAAGAUUCACUCAAAAAGGAAGCUUGAUCAUCCACACAAGAACGCACACGGGCGAGAGACCGUACACUUGCUCAAUCUGCGGCAAAAAAUUCCGGGUUAGUUCGGCGCUGGCAUCACACAUGAAGACGCACACCGGGGAGAAAGUUUUUGGCUGCAGUGUGUGCGCGAGAAGAUUUACUCACAAGUUUCAGUGCGACAGACACAAGUGUGCGGGUGAGAACACCGGCAGUCAGUGAAGGAUCGUAAGGAAACGGAUGACAUGGCAGUCCCUCAAUUUAUGCUCUUGUUAAAGCUGCAAGUAGGAGAACAAUCCUGAAUAAUUGAUGCAUUCCCUGAAAAUUUUCAUCAUUGUCUAUAUUCAUAAAAGUGGGAGCGGGUCAAAAUAAAUAGACCAAAGGCCUGCGCCGAAAAGUAGAGAUGUUUUCAAAACUCCCAACAGCAUCAACCAGAGGCUGUCAAUGUGAGAAUAUUUGUUCCUUUUUUCCCCCUGUUCAGUUUAUCUGCAUGUUCAUGUUACAACUGGAUCAAAAACAUUAAAACAAAACCAGAUAAAUGC